AUGGCCGUGACCCUGUUAGAGGAUUGGUGCAAGGGGAUGGACCUGGACCCCAGGAAGGCCCUGCUGAUUGUGGGGAUCCCCAUGGAGUGUACCGAGGAUGAAAUUCAAGAGACUGUUAGGGCAGGCUUACAGCCCGUGUGCCCAUACAGAGUGCUGGGCAGAAUGUUCAGAAGAGAAGACAAUGCUAAGGCAGUCUUCAUCGAAUUGGGUGACACUGUCAAUUAUGCCGAGAUGCCCAAUCAGAUACCAGGAAAAGGAGGUGCCUGGGAAGUGGUGGUAAAACCUCGUAAUCCAGAUGAGGAAUUUGUCAGUAAACUGAGCUACUUCCUGAAGGAAGAGGGCCGGAGAAUGGUAGAUGUGGCCAGAGCCCUGGGGUGUGGCCCUGCCACUGAGGGCGGGGAGCCAGACGAUGUUUCCCAGGCGAAACCCAUAGUUGUGCAGCCUCUGAAGGAAUGCAUGUGGUACCGAAAACUCAAAAUGUUUUCAGGAAACGUCUUUCCAGGCCCAGGCGAAGAGAACUUUGAAGCCUGGCUGGAGCAGGUCACUGAGAUGAUGCAGAUGUGGCAAGUGUCUGAGGUGGAGAAGAGGCGCCGUUUGCUGGAGAGCCUGCGCGGCCCUGCCCUGUCCAUCAUGCGGGUGCUCCGGGCCAGCAAUGACUCCAUGACUGUGGAGCAGUGCCUGGACGCCCUGAAGCAGAUCUUUGGGAAUAUGGAAGACUAUAGAACCUCACAGUUUAAGUUCCUCCAGUCGUUUCAGAAGAUUGGAGAGAAAAUGUCUGUGUUUUUGGUGCGGUUAGAGCCCCUGCUGCAGAAAGCCGUGCAGCACAGCCCGUUGUCAGUGCGAAGCGCAGACAUGAUUCGCCUGAAACACAUCCUUACUCGGGCCAACAUGACCAACACCCUCCGGGGCAAGCUCGAGCUCCUGGAUCAGCGAGGGUGUCCUCCCACUUUCCUGGAGUUAAUGAAGCUCAUUCGAGAUGAUGAGGAGUGCGAGGCCACCAUGGUAGUGAUGAAGCAGAAGCAAAGGCCUGGAGGAAGGGGCCGUAAAGUGUCCAGCAGACAGAUAUUAGAAGAAACCAGUGUUCCCAUACCUCCGGUCCUAGGGCAGGCAGGGCAGUUUUGUGAGAGCAGCACUCAGACCAUCCAGGAAGGGGCUGCCUCGUCACUGAAGCGCAAGCCGCUGUCCUGCUAUUGUAGUGGAGACGAAGGCCACAGCCAGAUCCCAUGCUUUAAGAUUAAAGACGAACCACCAGCAAAACAGAAGCCUCAGCUUUCAGCAACAGAGUCGGGAAACGAGGUGGGGGCUGGGGCCAUGAGCCACCCCGAGCCCUAG